UAAACGCGAGCCUAAUUUCUUGGGUUCAACUUAAUAAUCUAUAAAUUGAAGCUCCAUUCAGUGCUCCUCUAUCAUCUACACAUCAAAUUAAAUAAAAUAAAAAUAAAAAUGAAGAAGUUUGUUUUGCUAAUAUCACUUGUCCAUCUUCUUCUUGCAUUUUCCUCUGCUAGAAAAACACCGAAUCAACUCUUGCAGGCCGUGCGUGACACUAAUGGUGAUAUUCUUAGAACAGAUGCCAGGUACUUUGUUGUCGAGGAUCCAACACUCAAAGCCGGCGGCGGAGUAACACGAGGCCCGUGGUUCGAGGCUGAAGAGGGAGCUGGUGGUAACGCUAAGUUCGUGUGUCCAUUUCAGGUGGUGCAGUCCCCGCUAGAUGCUGACAAAGGCGUGCCAGUCUUUUUCAAACCUAAGGCACCCAAGCAAGUAGAAAUUACUGAAUCCAUUCCUCUUAACAUCAGGUUCUACAAUCCAACUACAAUUUGUAACAACACAGUGUGGGAAGUGGAAGGUUAUCCAGGAACUUUUGAGAGCCCAACCUUCUUGUCAACUAACGGGGUGACUGGAAAUCCUUCCACCUGGUUUCAGAUUAAGAAAUUCAAUGAAGAAUUAAAUGCGUACAUGUUUGUGUUUUGUCCUACUAAAGAGACCUGCAGUGAAAUCGUCAUCAAUUAUUUCGACGGACAAAGGCGUUUGACUGCGAGACUCGGCUCUAGAUUCCCAGUUGUGUUCAUCAAGGAUACUCGCUACGGAAUAAAUUCGAUUAUAUGAUUAAUUUGGUUGGACUCAAAAAUAUGAAUACUAUAAUGUACCAACUUGUAUUGUCUAAAUAAUGGUACACAUGCGUAUAUAGAGUGUGCAUCCACGUCCAAGUAUAAGAAAUGUGUUUCCUCCCUAAUAAUAAUGUAUUGGUACAUUAAUGGAUCUAUUCCCUCUCCUUUUUUCUGUUCCUUCUCUUCAUAUCAUUUAUGGCAAAGUUCGGAUUAGAGUAACUUUGUCACAGUAAUGUUCUUAUAUUGUGUUGUGACAAACUACUACAGUAAA